UAUUCCCGUGUUCCUUUCCUGGCUCCUAUAUAUUUCAUUUGGCGACGAAUUCGGACAAUUAAGCGUGCGGCAGUGAAAAGACAGUGUUAUAAUGUCGAUUGGAAAGUUGCAACCGUUUGAUCCUAGCGCGGACGAUUGGGCGUUGUAUGUGGAUAGGUUGGAACAAUAUUUCAUCGUGAAUAGUGUAACGGACGAUUUGAAAGUGCCUACGUUAAUCACAGUGAUGGGCAGUGCAAGUUACGAGUUACUAGUGACAUUGUGUACGCCGGACAAACCGUCAACAAAGAAAUAUGAAGUGUUAAAAGAACUGAUGACGAAUCAUUUACAGCCUAAAAGGAGCAUAAUGGCGGAACGUUACAAAUUUCGUCAACGAAUACAAAAAAAAGGCGAGUCGUUGGCUGUUUAUGUUGCGGAUUUAAAAAAGUUGACUAAAUAUUGUGAUUUUAAGACGGAACUGGAAAAUAAUUUGCGGGAUCAAUUCGUAUGCGGCAUAGCGGACGAUACGAUUAGGCAGAGGUUGUUCGUAGAAGACGGGUUGUCAUUCGCCAAGGCCUGGAAGCUAGCGGUUGCCAUGGAGGCAGCAGAGAAAGACGCCGCGGCAGUCGAUAGUAGGGGGCGCGGCACUAGUAAAGAGGUCGUGGAAGUACUAUACGCAUCGGCAAGCGGGGCCAGAACACAGGGUUCGUCCGGAACCUGGAGGGCUAACGGGGCAAACCAAGCAGCGGGGCGCAGCAAGGCGGCAUCGCAGGCCUGGGGCGGGCGCGCGCAGGCGAGGCCGGCGCCCGUAGCGGGAGCGGCAGGAGCGCCGCGCGGUCGCGAUCAGGGCCAGUGCCGUGCUUGUGGCGGCAGUCAUGACGCGACGACUUGCAAAUUUCGCAUGUAUUCUUGUCGCGUAUGCAUGCAGCAAGGUCAUUUAAAGAAGAUGUGUCCCCGACUACAAACCGGAGCGAGAGUGCAUGCGUUGGACGCGAAUGAAGAGGACGAGGAGGAGUUGUUGAACGAGGUACCAUUUAACGCUUUAUCUGUAGGCAGUUUAAGUCGUUAUAAGCCGUUUAUGCUGACGUUGGACGUUAACGGAAUAUGUUUAGAAAUGGAAGUUGACACUGGUAGUGCCAUUUCGUGUAUAAGCCUAGAAUGUUAUCAAAGAUUAUUUAAAAAUGUACCUAUUUUAACAUCGAAUGUAUUACUUAACUAUUACGCAGGAGGAGAUUUUCGCCCAGUCGGUAAAAUCACUCCAAUAGUUAAAUAUAAAAACAAAGAGAUAUCUUUAGAUUUAUUUAUUAUAGACGGGGGCAAAAACCCAUUGUUAGGAAGACAAUGGCUGUACGAAUUGACAAUGGGUUUGGAGCAGUUUAGUUGUAAUAAGAUCGAUACCAAAUUGGAACUUACUAUGGAUUCAUUAAUUUCUAGGUAUAAGGAUAUAUUCGCGGACGGACUCGGGCGGUACACGGGCGGCACGGUGGCGCUGCGCGUGCGCUCGGGCGCCGCGCCGGUGUACUUGCGCGCGCGGCCGCUGGCGUACGCGCUGCGCGCGCCGGUGGAGCGCGCGCUGGACCAGUUGCAACGGGACGGCAUUAUCACGCCGGUCGAAACGUCAGACUGGGCCACGCCGAUAGUACCAGUAGUUAAGCGUGAUGGAGGUAUUCGGAUUUGUGGCGAUUAUAAAUUAACACUGAACAGGUGCUUAGAAAUUGACCGUUUUCCCUUGCCUAGAGUGGAGGACCUGCUGGUCAAAUUACACGGGGGUGAGACGUUUUCAAAAAUUGAUUUGUCUCAAGCUUAUGCGCAAUUCGAGUUGGACGAGGCAUCUAAACCAUAUACGGUGAUCAACACACAUAAAGGCUUAUAUAUGUAUAAUAGGCUUAUCUAUGGGCUAUCAUCGAGUCCGGGGAUAUUUCAAAGGAAACUAGAACAACUUUUUGCAGACUUACCGCGAGUAGGCGUUUUCCUGGAUGACGUAAUUAUAACAGGAGUAGACAGGGAGGAUCAUUUGCAUACAUUACAUCAGGUGCUAGGACGCCUCGAGAAAUUUGGGUUGAAAGUAAAGAAAGAAAAAUGUUCUUUCUUCGCGGAAUCGGUGACGUAUUUAGGGUUUCGUAUUAGUAAACAAGGGGUUCACACGUGUCCAGAAAAGGUUAAAGUCAUAAAGGACAUGGCGAUUCCGGCCAAUGUAACCGAACUUCGCUCAUUCAUAGGAAUGAUUAUGUACUAUGGGAAAUUCGUUAAAAAUAUAAGUAUGACGUUAACACCAUUGUACAAAUUAUUAAGGAAGGGCGCUGCGUUUAUUUGGACCAAGGAAUGUACGGAAGCGUUUAAUGCCGUCAAGCGUUGUUUGGUUUCCAGUUCGGUGUUGGCGCACUAUGACCCUGAACUCCCUUUAUGUCUAACUACAGAUGCGAGUUCGAGCGGCGUGGGGGCGGUGAUUUCGCACCAGAUGCCAGAUGGAACAGAAAGGCCUGUUGCGUACGCGUCCAGAGUGCUCAAUGCGGCGGAGUCAGGGUGGCCGGCGAAGUGCGACGAUCCAGAGCUGCAGCCGUAUUGGGUAAGGCGUCACGAACUGUACUCAGAAGCAGGAUGUAUCAUGUGGGGCUACAGAAUGGUGAUACCCACGGCGUUAAGAAAUGACGUUCUGCGUGAGCUGCAUAUAGGCCACUUUGGAGUGGUUAAGAUGAAAAGUCUCGCCCGGAGCUAUGUUUGGUGGCCCGGCAUCGAUGCUGAAAUCGAGAAAACGUGUCGGGAAUGCACCACAUGCGCUUUGGAAGCACCGGCCCCUGCCAAAGCUGCACCACAAGCUUGGCCAUAUCUCGAAGAAGUUUGGAGUAGGUUGCAUAUGGAUUUCCUAGGACCCUUACACGGCAUGACCUAUUUAGUGGUCGUGGAUUCAUCGUCGAAAUGGAUCGAAGUAAAACAAAUGACGAGGACGACGGCAGAUGACGUCAUCAGAGUCUUAAGGGAGAUAUUUGCGCGUUUCGGGCUACCCAAGAUGAUGGUAUCGGACAACGGCCCGCCGUUCACGAGCGGAGAACUGACCCAGUUCAUGCAAUUUAAUGGCAUAAAACAAACGUACUCUCCGGUGUAUCAUCCAUCUUCAAACGGGCAGCCGAAGGUGCAGUAA